ACCAAACUGUCCUUUAUAAGUCCCAACAAGUCUACUAUUUUCUGUGUUCCCUUUCACGUCCUACUCUCUCUUUCACUACUCUCUAUAACACCUUAAUUCAUAACAUUUUAUUUUUCCUCCCUGUCUUUGCCUCCAACAAUCUCGCACAAUGAGUUGGUGGUGGGCUAGAUCCCUGGGCGCUGAAAAGGUACUUAUAAUUAUCUCAAAAGAUUAUACGAGCGUGGCUCUGAUCAUCGGGGUGACCGGCAUAGUCGGCAACAGCUUGGCCGAAAUCCUCCCGUUACAUGACACACCGGGCGGUCCAUGGAAGGUCUAUGGUGCUGCUCGCCGCCCACGCCCUACCUGGUAUUCAAACCGCCCACUUCAAUACAUCCAAUGUGACGUAGCUGACGCCCAAGACACAAUGGCCAAGCUCUCCCCUCUCACAGACAUCACCCACAUCUUCUACGUGGCAUGGACCGGCACGGAGGACUGCGACAUCAACGCAGCCAUGUUCCACAAUGUGCUCAAGGCCGUCAUCCCCAACGCCCCCAAUAUCCGCCACAUUUGCCUCCAAACCGGCAUCAAGCACUACACCGGACCAUUCGAUCCCGACAGCGGUGUCCAGCCACACGACUCGCCUUUCACGGAAGACAUGCCUCGACUCGACACUCCCAACUUUUACCACGACCUCGAAGACAUUCUAGUAGAAGAAGCCUCCAAGAAAAAAGGGCUCACUUGGUCGGUGCAUAGACCUGCAUUGGUGUUUGGCUUCUCUCCUUAUAGCAUGAUGAACAUAAUUGGCGCGCUCUCAGUGUACGCCGUGAUAUGUAAACACGAGAACAAGCCACUGAUCUACCCCGGAGCACGAGACAAUCCGAGGGACUCGUGGAACGUGUAUGCUGACGGAGCUGACGCGGAUUUGAUCGCGGAGCAGCAGAUAUGGUCAGCUGUGGAUGAUGGCGGUAAAAAUGAAACGUUUAAUGUUAGUAAUGGGGAUGUGUUCAAGUGGAAGCAAAUGUGGGAGAUCUUGGCGGAGGAAUUCGGGGUCGAGCUCGUUGGGUAUGAGGAGGGACAGAAGAGGAUGAGCUUGCAGGAGAUGAUGAAGGACAAGGGUCCAGUGUGGGAUGAGAUUGUGAGAGAGAAGGGACUGGUGGAGACCAAGUUGGAGGAUGUUGCGCAGUGGUGGUUUGCUGAUGUUGUGUUUGGUUCGCAGAAUUUGGUGAAUGGUGUGAACAAGAGCAAAGAGCAUGGGUUUUUGGGUUUUAGGGACUCCAAGAAGUCGUUUGUUUUUUGGAUUGAGCAGAUGAGAGCUUACAAAGUUCUUCCAUGAGAGAGAAUGGGUGUUUGGAUUGAUUAGGUGGUUGUGUUUGGGGGUGGAUUUGGGUUAUUCUUAUAAUAAAAGAAUAAAAAGAUUUAAGUGAAAAUAUUGAUCGAGCUUUGUCACUCUAGGUUUUUACCAUGUUGUAUAUUAAAGUAGUAACAUAUAAUAAAAUUUCAUUU